GCUGGAUUCCUCUUCUUCAACUCUACCCUGCCUCUAUGCAGCCUCAGACAGCUUCUGUCAUUGGCUCCGAAGUCAGAUAGAAAUAUUUUCUCCAAGGACAAGUUUGUAACACUUAAGAUGAAACCACAAUGGACGUCCUUAAUUCUAUAGACUUCACCUUCACAUAGCAACGUCUGUGGCUUGUUUAUCACCACCGGUUUCACUCUCCAGUCCUCCUACAUGAGUGUGAGGAUCUGUCCUGCACUCAUCACUACCAGCUAGUGACCAGAAGGUAGAAGUGUAGCUGUUUAAGGAUGGGGGCUCCAGCAGGAUCACUGAUGGGUGGUUUCAGCUCUACCACUGCCUCUGUAGACAUCAGUGGCUGGAUGAACUGGCCCAAGAACACCACCAGAAGCCUGAACCAGAGCCUGUUCGGGACCAACUCCAGCAUCAACUUUUCCUCCACCUCGUCUUCCAGUCAGGGCAUAGCCAGGGAAGCGACCCAAGAGAAGAACUGGCCAGCACUGCUUAUACUCAUCAUCAUCUUGCUUACCAUAGGAGGGAACAUUCUUGUUAUCAUGGCCGUGUCGCUGGAGAAGAAGCUGCAGAAUGCAACUAAUUUCUUCCUGCGCUCUUUGGCUGUAGCAGACAUGUUGGUGGGCAUCUUAGUAAUGCCCAUUUCGCUCAUCAACAUCCUGUAUGACUAUGAGUGGCCACUUCCUAAAGCUCUGUGCCCAAUCUGGAUCUACCUAGAUGUGCUUUUUUCCACGGCAUCAAUCAUGCACCUGUGUGCCAUCUCUCUGGACCGCUACGUGGCUAUCCGCAACCCUAUCCAACACAGCCGCUUCAACUCGCGCACCAAAGCCAUGCUGAAAAUCGCCGCUGUCUGGACCAUCUCUAUAGUGAUCUCCACACCUAUUCCCGUGAUUGGCCUCCACAACACAGGUGAAGUCUUUGAAAACGGAAGCUGUAUACUAAAGGAGGAGCGUUUUGUGCUGGUUGGCUCCUUCGUGGCCUUCUUCAUCCCUCUUGUCAUCAUGGUGGUCACCUACUGCUUAACCGUCCAAACCCUUCAGCGUCAAGCCUCUGUCUUCCUCUAUGAGGCUAAAGCCUCUUCCCAGCAGCCCUUGCAGCCAGCAGCCUCAUCUUCCUCUCAGCUGGCUCCACCCGCUGUCCCCUCCCGCCGUACCAGCCUGAACUGUCUGCGGUUUGGGAACUCGCUGAGCCCAACACCUGACAGCAUCUCCAUGGUGGCUGGUUCAGAGGCACCGUCUCAACUAAGCUCUCCAGCUGUAUCCCACAGCCGCCGUGGCAUGAUGCAAGCCAUCAAAAAUGAGCGGCGUGCAUCCAAGGUCCUGGGCGUAGUGUUCUUCCUCUUUCUGUUCAUGUGGUGCCCAUUCUUCAUCACCAACGUCCUGUUUGUGCUGUGUCGUGGUGCAUGUAAUAAGCCCCUGCUCUCUGACCUGCUCAACGUGUUUGUGUGGGUGGGCUACAUCUCGUCGGGUGUGAACCCUCUGGUAUACACUCUCUUCAAUAAGACCUACAGGCGUGCCUUCUCCAGCUACAUGCGCUGCCAGUAUAGCGGAGUCCAGCUCAAGCCUGUGGCCAUCCAUGUACCAUGCCCAUCGCAAGCGGCCGUCACGCCGCUUCUAAUUUGCGUAGACGUUGACCGGAAUAGUAACUGCCGCAAUGGAGACGGCAACGCACUUCAGAGGCUGGAGCUGCCCAACAUUGACACUCAUCUUGGAAUAGAGAUGAAAUCUGGAAUGUCAGCGCUGUCCGUCAACAGCUGCCAUACACUGGCAGAACACACCAGCAGUGUUUGAUUCACUACAGCUGAGCGGUCUGCUAUAGCAUGGCCACCAGGACCAUCUCUGUGUGCAUGUGGACUCCUUUUUACUCAAGGAAGCACCACCCCAACGAAACCCACACCAGCACUGGGGCUGGCCAUCACCACAGUGUAGAAUGUAUCCUGGCAGAGAACAAGGGAAUAAUUUACAGCAUCAGGGACUAUCCUGGUUCACAUACAUUCGGACAAUCCAGGACUGUGUGGGAAUUGAAUCUGAAGUUAAAAUAAAAACCCAACCAAUCUAUAUGAUGGUGUGCUUGAACAGGUUCAGAUAUCUGAAUGCCAUAAAGUGUUGCAUGGCUUAAUCGAUUUUGUUUUUUCAAUAAAACAUGACUCAACAGUGUGAAUAAGCAACGAGGCUUCCAAAGAUAGAGCUCUAGCUCCCUCAUGUGGUGCUUUACAAAAAUUGUUAGAUGGAUUUCGAGAUGCCAGAGAAAGUAGGCUGACCUAUAUUCACCCCCAGAAACGAUCAGGCAUUAAAUUAUCUGCACCAAGUGCAUCAAAGCUUUGAAUAAAUGACGUUUCCAUUA